AUAAUCAAUCGUGAAUGAAAAAGCGUGACGAGAAUUAUAAAAAAGAGAUGUUAGAAGGUGCAAAAUCAAUCGGUGCCGGAGCUGCUACAAUUGCUUCAGCGGGAGCUGCUGUUGGUAUUGGAAACGUCCUUAGUUCCUCGAUUCAUUCCGUGGCGCGAAAUCCCUCAUUGGCUAAACAAUUAUUUGGUUAUGCCAUUUUGGGCUUUGCUCUAACAGAAGCGAUUGCAUUGUUUGCCCCAAUGAUGGCCUUUUUGAUCUCAUCCGUAUUCCGACAAAAUGCUAUUGAUUCUAGAAGGACUAUAAUGAGGAGGACCCCAGAGGGGGGUGGCAUUUACUCCAUAGGUCCUUUCCUCCUCCUGGUCAAAUCUAAUAGAGAAGUCGUGGUACCAACAUCUGGAUGGAGAAGACUGCUUUGCUUCCUUGAUUUGGGAUCGGGAGGAAAGCUCUUAAAUGUAUUGUCGGUAACGGUCCAAAUUGUUAGUUUCGAGUGA